UGUCACCAGGACCUUCUCUCUCUCUCCUUUGUCCAACGGAUUCACAUUGAAAAGAGUUGUCCAGUUCACCGUGUAGAGCACAAACAAUCCUCACCGUCCGACAAGUCGUUCUCCAUCUCCGGCCGUUCGAUCUAAACUAGGGCUCUGAACCAACCUCAAUCAAUUUCAACUCAGACUACUUGAUCUGCUCGCACAAGGAAAACAAAUCCGUGUAUAUUCUCAGGUGAUGUCAUCUCCUUCUCCGGUCGAUGAGACCACUGCCGCCGGCGGUCUGGAAGCGCCGCUUCUCGCCGAUCAGUUGUACCGGAGUCGUCGGUUCGUCCGACGACCACCGAGUCUUCGAGGUGCUGCGAGGUUUCUCCGUCGUGCGAGUAGCCGACGGAUUAUGCGUGAGCCCUCAAUGAGGGUAAGGGAGGCAGCAGCUGAGCAAAUCGAGGAUAGACAGAGCGAUUGGGCUUAUUCUCGCCCUAUCGUGGUACUCGACCUCUUAUGGAACUUCAUAUUCGUUGUUGUCGCGGCUGCUGUGAUGAUUUUGAGCCGAAAUGAGCUUCCGGAGUUGCCUCUUCGGCUUUGGAUUAUAGGUUACGCCUUGCAGUGCGUGCUUCAUAUGGUGUGCGUUGCUGUAGAGUAUAGGCGGCGGCUGCAGCUGACAACGUCUUCUGAGAAUUUGUUGCAGCGAGAGAAUGGUGGUGGUUGGAAUAGUAUGAACUCCAAUUCUAGCUCGGGAAGUGAUGAAGGGGACUAUGGAGAGUAUGCUCAGGAACGUCAUCAGAAUGAAGAUGAGACGAGUGUUGCUAAGCAUCUGGAGUCUGCCAAUACAAUGUUCUCUUUCAUUUGGUGGAUUGUCGGAUUCUACUGGGUUUCAGCCGGCGGUGAUUCUUUAACAACUGACGCCCCUCUACUUUACUGGCUUUGUAUCACGUUCUUGGCAUUUGAUGUCUUCUUUGUUGUUAUCUGUGUUGCUGUCGCAUGUGUAAUUGGUAUUGCUGUCUGUUGCUGUCUGCCAUGUAUUAUUGCAAUUUUGUAUGCUGUAGCAGACCAGGAAGGAGCGACCAAGGAAGAUAUUGAACGACUGCCUAAGUACAAAUUCAAGAGGAUUGGCGAAUUUGAGAAACAAAAUGGAGAAAUUCAAGAGUCUUUUGGAGGAAUAAUGACGGAAUGUGGUACUGAUACACCUAUAGAACAUAUGCUUUCUCUGGAGGACGCCGAGUGUUGCAUUUGUCUGUGUCCAUACGACGAUGGAACAGAACUGCGCGAACUGCCAUGCCGCCAUCAUUUUCACUGUACAUGCAUAGACAAAUGGUUGCACAUAAACGCGACUUGCCCUCUCUGCAAACUCAAUAUACUGAAAAACGGAAACCAAAGUGGCAGCGACGAAGUGUAGUAAGUAAAAAAAGAGAUGGAAAUCCAAAAACACAUAUAUAACUUUCAAUCCACCACCAGCAUGCAACCGUAAGUAAAUUCCUCGUUUUCUGAGGUUCUCUACAUUCGAAUUGAUGUUGUGUGAGUUGCUACUGUUGAUGUUAUUCCUGUCUUUGUUCUGUUCCGUCUGUCUUUCUUUGUAUGUAGAGUGUUCAUCAAUUCAUAUAGAUGUGGUUCCAACAGCUAUAUAUACCUACCUUAUUUUCAGUUAUAAAUGUCUGAUUUGUGCUGAUUUCUU